AUGCGGCGUGGUGCGAUGCAGGGUGGAUAUGUACCCUCUUUGUCAAUUUCGGAUAAAGUCACCAUCAAUAAUGGGCUAUGUUUCUUGGUUUAUUUUCCACUGUUGUUGAGUUUUAUUCUUUGUGAGGCUCGGAAAAGAGAUUACUGGGACACACUUUUGAUUCUUUUUUAUUCUGUCUUUGUCCAAGGUAUUAAAUUUCUGUGUUUUAAGGCUACAAAAAUUUGCACAAUUACAACUUUCAAUACAGAAAAAGGUGGCCAUUCUGCCUACUAUUUUUCUUCUGUGGUCAAACUUCUAUUUCGACAUUGGUAUCAAUGUGCCCAAUUGGGCUUAAAGCGCCCUAAACAUGUGUUGGUAACUUACAGUUAUCCCACCGCCAAUCGGGUGUAUGAGAACAUGGUCAAACGUUCGAAAAAAAAUUGCAUUUUUCCCACAUGA